AUGGGUUUUCAAGCUGCCCUGAAGCGGGUGGAACUCCCCUAUGUUUCCCGGUGGAUUAACGACGAUAUUCGGCCUAUUGAAUCUCAAAGACGCACUUGGGGCUUUUUGACGUUUCACAACUUUUGGCUCUUGGUCAACUGCAAUAUCACCACCUACUUGACCGGCAGUGCCCUCAUCCCUCUCGGUUUGACUUGGUGGCAGGCCCUUAUAUGUAUUAUCAUCGGCAAUCUCAUUGCCACUGUCGCCGUGAUCGUUAACUCACUUCCGGGUAGCUACUAUCACAUUGGCUUUCCUGUGUUCAGUCGAGCUGUAUGGGGAAUGUGGGGUUCACAAUUUGUCAUUUGGAACCGUAUUUUUCUAUCUCUCGGUAAGCUUUCCCAGUAUGGCUUCACAGCCUGGGUUGGAGGCGAGUGCAUCUACGUGAUCCUCCUUUCCUGGGACCCAAGGCUCGAAUCCCAUAUUCCCAAUGGUAUGCCAGUAGACACGGGCAUGACGACUGCACAAUUCGUCUCGUAUGUCAUCUUCAGCGUCAUUUCUCUCCCAGUCAUCUGGAUUCGCCCGCAUCGUCUCGAAAACUUCUUCCGCUUCGCCUGCUCCAUCACCCUUGUCUUCUUCGUCGUGCUUCUCAUCUGGGCCCUCGCAACCAUGGGACCAUCCGGAUUUGGCAAUACCAUCACCUCGGGAUCAGCCCUUUCCAACACGGGUGGGCCGGACAGCGUGGCUUGGUUGAUGAUCUACGGCAUCGUAUCAACAAUCGGUUCCAUCGCGGCCGGUAUCUUGAACCAGAAUGACUAUUCCCGCUUUGCUACGCAGCCCAAGCACGCAAUCGUGGGCCAGGCUAUCUCGUUUCCUUUCUAUAGCAUAUUAAGCUCGUUGAUAGGCAUCCUUGUCACUGCAGCGACUCAGGAGCGCUUCGGGGGCGAAGCCAUCUGGAACCCGCCUACCUUAUUUGCUCAGCUCCUGGCCCAGGACGAAACCGCUGGGACGCGGGCGGCUUGCUUCUUCGCGGGGAUUUGUCUUACAAUAUCGCAGAUCGGAGUCAACGUCCCUGGAAACGCACUUGCCGGCGGCUUUGACCUGGCAGCGACGUUUCCCAAAUACUUGAACAUCCGCCGCGGCGCCUACAUCACCGCAAUUUUCAGCAUUAUCGUCAACCCUUGGCGUCUUGUCAACACUGCAACAAUCUUCCUUACGGUCCUUUCAAGUUACAGUGUUUUCUUGGCUCCGAUGACGGGGUUGAUGAUAUCCAGCUAUUUGGUUGUUAAUAAGAGCAAGGUGAACGUGAGCGACCUGUACCGCGGCGACUCUGGGAGCAUCUACUGGUUCUCCUGCGGUUGUAAUUGGCGAGCUCCGGUGGCAUGGCUUGUGGGUGUUGUCCCCUGCAUGCCUGGCUUCAUCGCUGCUGUUGACACUUCAGUGACAGUGAGCGAAGGCGCCACAGAGCUAUACUCCAUGUCAUACAUUUAUGGGCUCCUUUCUAGCGGUCUCGUGUACGCCUUGCUACAUCGGUAUUUCCCGGCGAAAAGCUUAGAUGCCUUUGUCAGAGACUCGCCGUCGGCCCAUGAACUCCAACAAAUGCAUCAGAGCAAAUGGGAUGUGACGCUGGCCGAGACUCCCGAGAUUCUCGAAGUGCUUUCUGGACAUGGAUCCCCCCGCCCUAGCGUUGCACUGACAGGUCCCACCUGUCAGCCACUAACAUUGAUGACCAGAGAACGCACAGGCGUUAUCGAUGUCGGCCAACUGCAUAGGCCAACUUGCCUCGUGCAACACCAGUCCAUCGGCCAACCUGAUCACGAACCCUCGACAGCAUUAUCAUCGACGCCAUGCCUAACUAUACUAGGAAGUCGUCCCAAAGACGCAAGUUCAAAGUUCCGAGCGAGUUCGGCCAGGCUAGACAAUCGAGAAGCCGAAAGAACCGUCCUUGUGACGCGUGUCGCAAGAGAAAGACGGCGUGCGUUAUCACCUCUACACCACCCUGUAAGUGGUAUGUCAUCGGCCUCGCAAAGUGUUGCUUCUGCGUCGCCUGCAUCUGCAUCCGCACCCGCCCCUCGGGAUGUCGCGCAAGAUGGGCCCUCCAGUCACUCGGAAUCUCCACGGAUAACGUUAGAUAAUUCGGUUCCUUCGCCUCGCAAUUACACGCUUGAUAUAUUCCCGGUACCUCACGUGCGAACACUAGAAGACAAUGAAAACAGGACAGCACAUAGCAUGGGCCCGGCAGCCGAGCAAGACACCCACUUUCUUGCCUCUUUCCGCUCGGACGUCCUGAGCGGUCCCAAUCAAAUCGAUGCAGAGUUUAUCCAGGUCUAUGAAGGAAGCGGGUACCCCUGGGAUCCUCCGGUUCACUUCUGUCUCCUGCAGGACGAGUUUACAACCCAGGACAAUAAGGCCAGGGAAGAAGCAUCUCGUGCGAUUGAGAGAUUGGUCGAGCCUCACGGCCCCACUCUCGUACGCCUGUAUUUCAGACACAUCCAUCCGGUACUGCCUGUUCUAUCAAAGUGCAGGUUCUUGAGACAGUACUUCGACGAUAAGAACAAGCUUCCUGCCUCCCUCCGCGGGGCCGUCUACGCACUUGCCUCGGUCUUUGGGGAGAUUGGGCCGUCUCUGCAAGGCCCCUUUCCUUUCCAACAACAUGAGCUUGCUGACCUUGCCACCGACUCCUUACAACGAGAACUCGACUCGCCAAACUUGGCCAAGCUUCAAGCUUCUCUCCUGCUCCUCCACAUGACGCCCAACAGAACAGACAGCAUUGCGCAUCCCAGGACCUGGACAUCCACAGCGCAGGCCGUAGCCACUGCCCAGAUGAUUGGACUGCACCAGAAUGCUGGGAAGUGGAAUCUCCCUGCGUGGGAGAAGAGAUUGCGGAGGAAGCUGUGGUGGGCUACGUAUGUAGCUGACGUGUGGUCGGCAGUGUGCCACGGAAACCCGCCACACAUUUAUCCAGCUUCUUUUAACACAUCACACGUUUCAAUGGAGGAUUUACGCGCUGAAGAGAGCGUUCCGGAGGACUUGCGUGUACUUGUCCACCCGGACAAUGUGGAAUUUGAUAUUGCUACGGGAGCCCGAUUUCUGGAGUUGGUGACGGUGAGCCAGACCUUGCGAGGGGUUAUCGACCGCAAGUCGCAGAAGAUAGAGGUGACGAACCGAGGGCAUCUAGUCUCACUCCAGGGCGAACUGCACAACUGGUUAACACUGCUGCCGCAAUGUCUUACGAUGCCUCAACUUGUGAGAGACUCGGGGAUAUCCAAUAAUGCGCCCCUUCAUCUAGCGUACUACGCCCACUUGGCGCUUCUCUACCGAGCACUCAUGAACCCAGCUACCAAGGGUGCCAAGGCAAUGCCAUCAUCCAGCCUGCGCCUAUGGUUUGGCGCUGCGCUCUCCGACUUUGCUAGCUUCAGAGAUUUCAUGGGCGAACUAGCCCCAGAGGACCUACAAGGCUUUUGGGGCUGCCAUGUCACGUCGGCCUUCAACCUGCUCGAGGGCCUUCAUGACACCCUGCAGCGGCUCAAUCGACAGGACAACUUAAUUUCGGAGUUACUUCUCCUUCCAGUCACCCUUCGGAUAGACUCGUUCUUCACUCAAGCCGCCGAUCGACUGCGUGGUGGGCCAGCUGCCAUCGGCACAGCCGCGGCAACUUCAACUCUCGAAGCGACACCAAACACAAUUUAG